AUGGAUGUUUCAAGACAGCGAGCACGCAUUGAAACCGAACUCGCCGCGUUUCCCGGUGGCACUGAUCGUUUGGGGUCAUCGUUGAUUUUGAUCUCUCCACAUUCACACUCGUCGAACUCACUCACUUCAAAAGCAGCUUCAACCUCAUGUCUACAAAGUGGUGGCGGGCUUUACGAUGAUCUUGUCUCAUUGCUAGGAUAUUUCUCCCUAAUCCCUUCACUAGAGAUUUUCUCCUCGAAAGGUGGACUUUGUGUGGUGAUUGAUGGGAGAAAAGCGGCAGCGAGAUCUGUUCGGACUGUCUUAAGAGCUUGCCAGCAAGCUUUAUACCGAAAAGUCCGUUUGGCGAUCAUCGUUCAACCCGAGCGUUUCCUUGACCAGCAGAAAAUUCAUUUCGAUCUACUUGUUGAGACACAUCAAUUCAAGACAAUCCUCACCUCAGUGCAUAAAUUGUCUCGAUGGGUUGAUGUGAGCCAAUUGCCACCAUCUUUUGGCGGCGCUUUUCCAUAUGAACCGACUCGAUGGUGUGAUACGAGAGAGAGAUUCGAGUUCGCCGAGGCAACACUGAGAGCUCGAUUGGCUGAAAUGGAAGCUGGCGGGAAUCCACUUGGAGAUGAUGAGCCAACGCUGAGACGAGCCGAUGCUUUCCUCAGCGAGAUUCGUGUCUCGUCAAAUCCGCUCGAAAAACAAUACGCAAAUACGAUCAAGGAGUUGCUUGAGAAAUUGAGAAUAGUCUCUCGGCAGCCUGAACUUGACGCUGAAAAAAAGAAAAAAGAUGAGGAAGAGAGUGAGAAAAAGAGAUUGCUUGAUGAGCAUGCAAAUGGGGUGAAUAGUUUAUUGGAUUGGUUGGAAGGAUCUGGAGAGAAAUGGCUUCAAUCGUUGCACGAGAUUGGCGAGAGUCGAGAUGAGGCAAGGCAGCUCGUCAGAGAACACGAACAAUUGACGACAAAGAGUCAAGAAGUCUCCCAGCAAGCUGAAGAGUUGGCCGAAUUGGCGCAACGCUUAACCGCCACAGCUCCCGAACACGCAAUUACACUACAAAAAAUUCGUGACAUUCUUUUGUCAACGUCUACAAUUUUCAUGAGUCGGGUGAAACGACAAGCUGAAAUGGUUAAUCGUAGUGAAAAGUUUCAUGAACAAAUGAGUGAGUUUUCGCGAAAAACCGACAACUUAUUGGAGUCUUUGUGCACGGAUUUGCACUGCUCUGAUCUCGCCGGCGCCGAGAUCGAAAGAAAACAAUUGGAGGAGAAAGUCGAGCAAAUGGAAAGCAUUUACGAAGAGGUGAUGGAUAUCGGCGCCGUCUUUGCUGAGGACCUGGCCACUCCCGAAAAAGGCCCAAUAAAGGGUUCGAGAAACUACGUCGCUGGCGUUGCUCACAUCAGGGAAAACAUGGCCGCCGCGAAGCACCGGAGAAAGAGAUGCCUAGACUUAGUGGACGUGCGCCGAUUGAAACUCGAACAGAUCAUCCGAUUGAGUACUUGUGAAAGAGAUGCAAAUCAGGCAAUUUCUUGGAUCGAAGAGCUUCAGGAGACGCUGAGACGAGACUACAAUCAAGUUGGCUGUGAUGAGACAGAGUUACGAGUGCUGAAAAAAGACCGGGAACAGCUUGAAGAUACGGCAAGAAGCACCUAUCACUACGGAAAAGAACUCUGCCAAGUGGCGCUCGUUUUGCGGCGAUCGUUGAGAAUGGACUCAAGUCCACAGAAACAACUAGCCGACAAGCUUGAGCACAUCUGGGGCCGUUUAACCCGAGCAUUGACUGAGCACGACGCCCGGACACACGUCUGUGCCGCUUUCAACUCAGCAUGUGUACAGAUCCUGAAACGCAUUGAUGAGCUGGAUCGACAGGCGAAAGAGUAUUUGUUGACUAAAGGACGGAGACAAGGCCCACCAACAUUACUUUUCUCAGUGGAGCGACGAAAGCUCGGCUCUGAUGUAGCCGAAUUGAGACACAUUGGAGAGAUGCUCGUCGCACAAACAAAUGCUAAUCAUGUG